CCCAAGAUUAUUGAGAUGUUUUCACAAGUUACGUAUAAAGAAGAAGAGCUCUCAAUCUAGUGCAAAAAUGGUAGUUUUGAUCUCUGACAUUCUCCUUUUUAGUGGCAAAAUGGCGGAUCAGACUGAGAGAGCAUUUCAAAAGCAACCCACCGUAUUUUUAAACCCAAAACCAGGCAAGAAAAAGAAGGUUACUCGAUUGUCGAGGAACGUCGGGUUAGGUUUCAAAACCCCCAGAGAGGCAAUUGAAGGAUCAUACAUAGACAAGAAAUGCCCAUUCACAGGCAAUGUGUCCAUCCGGGGUCGUAUUUUGACUGGUGUCGUUCAGAAGAUGAAAAUGCAGCGUACAAUCGUUAUUCGGCGUGACUAUUUGCAUUACAUCAGGAAAUACAAUCGGUUCGAGAAGAGACACAGAAACAUGUCCGUUCAUCUAUCUCCAUGCUUCAGAGAUGUUGAAAUUGGGGAUGUGGUUACUAUUGGUGAAUGCAGACCCUUAUCGAAAACUGUCAGGUUUAAUGUACUGAAGGUGUCAAAGGGUAUCGGUUCAAAGAAGAGCUUCAGGAAGUUCUAAUUGUAAUAAAUUGUUUAUUAAGAA